AUGUCGCAGAGCCCGCAAUCAACUCCACAAUUGGUCCCAUCAUUGCAAUCAAGUCCACAAUUGGUUCCAUCAUCGCAAUCCAGUCCCCAAUUAAUUCCCCCAUCAUUGUCUACGUUGAACCUCCACCUCGAUGAGCACGGCAUCCAGUUUCUUCAGUAUUUCGAAGAGAAGGUCAGCCCGCUUUUGUGCAUUGACAAACACUCAUCCAACUACUUUGUCAAGACAUUUCUCCAAAUCAGCUUGACAGAAGAAGCGAUUUCCAAUGCGUUGGCGUGUUGGGGAGGCAUUUUCAGAGAGGGUAACGGCCUUAAAAACCUCCAGGUCAAACGGUACAUGAACAAGUCAAUUCAACUUGCUCAGAACUUCAGUAUUCUGGACAUCAGUCGCUACUACACUCUUUUGUGUUUCUACCAGAUCAUGGUGGGUAUACAGGUAUGCCUGGGAGAUGUCUACUACUGGCACAAAAUGCUCACCAACUGCUUCAACGGCAUCGAUGCCAACGGUGGAUUCAGCUUCUUGUUGGAGAAGUUUCUGCAUUCCAACGAUGUCAAAUGGCUCAUCUCCAACUUUCAAUAUCAUGAUAUUUUACAGUCAGGAGCCUUCAUACGGGGAACCCGAUUCCCCAUUGAAAACUACCAGUUGAACCUUGUGAACUACGGGGUGGACCCCUACCAGGGGUGUAAUAACGAUUUGAUAUGUCACUUGGGAGACAUUCUUAAUGAGAAGGUGAGAAUUGAUGAAGACGACCUCCAGGCCCUAGAUGCUGCUUUCCACCGGUUUUGGGCCAAGGUCGAACUGUGUGAACCUGUCAACCACCAGUUCGAACUCUUGCAAGACAGUGCCAAACACAACUACUUGACGCUCUUCAAGCUCUACAAAGUGGCUACCAAAUUGGUGCUUUACAUGUACUUCAAACGUCUGGUGCCCAAAUCGGUAGAUAUCCUGUUACUUGUGGAUGAGGCUCUUCCUCAUAUCCACUCCCUCGUGCACUCGAGGUUCGUUUCCUGUUUGACGUUUCCGUUAACAAUUGUGGGCAUUAACGCCGUAGGGCCUGCUCGGCUACUGUUUAUGGAUGUCAUGAAUAAGGUCCAAGCCUGUUACAGUGUGGGAAAUGUGACUCGGUCCAAGGCAGUGAUACUUAAGUGCUGGGACCGUAAUGAGAACGGAGCACGGUUGUUUGAUUGGGUGGAGGUGGUACAAGAGAUGAAAUGGGAGCUUUGUUUGUGUUGA